AGGCCUAAGCCCAAAACCCAAUUGAAACUGACUAUUAGUGCCGUGGUAGGUAGUCACUUAUUAGCAGUACAAAGUAAAUAUAUAGAGCUUAGCUUAGCACCACCACGUGCUCAAUAAAAAGGUCAAAAGCCACAUUCAGACUUUUGUAGAUAUUGUUUGGCUUUUCAUAUUUUAUUCAAUAAUUCUCACCAUGAAUUCCAGGCUCCUAAUCACUGCGGCUACUCUAGCUGUCCUGGCAGCCAUCUUGGCCGUCAAUCAAGAUCCUUCUCUCAUCAACAUCCACGCGCCUCCGCCCAUACCUGGCUCACGCGAUGUCCUCCACGCGGCUCAGAUUGUCAAUGUCACCGGAGCGGUGGGCCCCGAGAGCAUCGCUUUCGACCCCAGUGGUCGGGGUCCGUACGUUGGUGUCGGCGAUGGCCGAAUCCUCAGGUGGGAAGGAGACGGCCUUGGUUGGUCUGAAUUUGCUUUCACCUCUGAGAACAGGGAGAAGUGUGUACGGCCAUUUGCACCAGAAAUGGAACACAUAUGUGGGAGGCCUUUAGGACUAAGGUUCCACAAGAAGACAGGAGAUCUAUAUAUUGCAGAUGCUUAUUUUGGGCUUCGAGUGGUCGGCCCAAAUGGUGGUUUGGCUGCUCCUUUGGUUACUCAUGUUGAAGGUCACCCUCUUCUUUUCACCAAUGAUUUGGACAUUGAUGAGGAUAAGGAUAUAAUUUACUUCACCGAUUCAAGUACAACCUACCACAGAAGGCACUUCAUGACAGCUGCUCUGAGUGGAGACAGGACAGGAAGAUUACUAAAAUACAACAUUCUAAACAAAGAGGUAACAGUCUUACUAAAAGACCUUGCUUUCGCGAAUGGCGUGGCUUUGAGCAAAGACCGGUCUUUCCUUCUAGUCGCGGAAACAACAAGGACCAGAGUCCUCAGGCUGUGGCUCAAUGGCCCAAAUGCUGGCAAUGUUGAUGUUUUUGCCGAGCUUCCAGGGUGUCCAGACAAUAUAAGAAUGAACCAUAAAGGAGAGUUUUGGGUUGCCUUGCAUUCCAAAAUGGGAGUUGUAUCAAACUUGAUUGUUUCUAAACCUUGGGCUGGAACUACUUUGCUAAAGCUUCCUUUAAGCUUUAAGCAGUUGCAUUAUAUUUUGAUAGGAGGAAAGGCUCAUGCCACUGCUAUCAAGUUGGGUGAAGAUGGGAAAGUGUUGGAUGUUUUGGAAGAUUGUGAAGGAAAGAGUCUGAAGUUCAUUAGUGAAGUGGAGGAAAAUAAUGGAAAGCUAUGGAUUGGGUCAGUCCUUGUGCCAUUUAUUGGCAUUUAUAACUUGCAGUAGGGGAUCAACUAGUGUUACUCAAAGGAAAGUUUAGAUUUUUAUUAUUUAGUGUUACUCAAAGGGAAGUUUAGAUUUUUAUUACUUAGAAGUCAUUUGGUGAAGGUUUUUUUCCCUCAUCAUUCACAAGUUUAGUCUCUUAAAGUACUUGAACUCAUUUGAUAAAUGUUAUGGUUGUUCUUUUCUUUC